UUCGCAUUCCAUGUCGCUGGCAGUCUGCGGAGCGAUUUCUAUCAGUGUCGGGAACGUCACGCGUUAAUCCUGCGCACCAUCGAUCCGAGCGACGAUGUCGAAUCAGUCGAACGUAUCGCGCGAAUCCUGUUGAUUUUCCCCGACGAGAUGAUCCCGCGCGUAUACGCCAACUUCGACAUAGCGCGUACAUUUCUCCGCGUUCCCAUCCGCGACGCAUCGCCACGCACUAUUAUUGAUCUCUUCGCGAACGGAGAGGCUCGGCGCCAUUGAAUUAGCCGGCCGAGACGACAUCUAUUUUUCUCGAUGUAUAGAGCCACCCUCAUGGAAACAAUAUACCUGUUCAAGGAUGCGACGGCUCCUCGUCGUUGGCCUCCUAUAUCGAUUGUACCUGCGGCUUCGGCGCGCCAUUCUUCGUAUGGUCACGUGGAAAACGCGCCUAAUUACAUAACACGAAGCAGACAAUGCUUGUGCCACACCCCCUUCUUCCGUGCUCCUGUCGGGAGUCUCUGCAAGUCGCAAAUUUAUUUCAAUCACCUUCUCGACGUUCGAUCUGAUCAUUAUGCUCGUGCUACCGCAAAUUGAAAUUGUACGCACGCAAGCGACACAGUGUGCAUACAGUUGUAUAUCUGAUGGCUUGGUGACUGAUAAGCGCUCUGAUAGCAGGUGGUUGUUUGGAGAGAAUCGACUUCUGCAUCUAGCAAGAUUAAUGCGUUAUUAUAGUUGUUCACUGUGUUGUAUCGUAUGAACACAAGUUGACUUUAAUUAGAGAUAUUUCAUACAUACCUUGCUGUUUCAGUGUUUCUGAAUCUUGGAUACACAAAGUUGCAAAUGUGUAUUAAAAAUUUAGUUACAAAACACAUUACUCAAGAUGACAGAAUACUGGCUGAUAUCAGCACCGGGUGACAAAACCUGUCAACAGACAUGGGAAACUAUGAACAAUUUAACAUCCAAGCAACACUCAUUGUCAGUAAACUACAAAUUUCAUAUCCCAGACCUGAAGGUUGGGACAUUGGAUCAACUAGUUGGCCUGUCAGAUGAUCUCGGCAAGCUUGAUGCAUUUGUGGAACAAGUAACACGUAAGGUGGCAACGUAUCUGGGAGAGGUUCUGGAAGACCAGAGGGACAAGCUGCAUGAAAACCUGAUGGCUAACAACAGUCAGACAUCAGUGGAGGGUGAGAGCUCGAGCCCCGAAGGGGGUCCGGACACCCCGCCAAAUACUCCCGUCACACCAUCACACAAGACUACGACGGGGCAUCACAGGCAGUGGAGGGAAUUGGAGAAGUCCGAGCCAGAGCCGGCCGCCUGUUUAGGUCAGCAUCAUCACCAACGUCAUCAUUACCACGACCACGACCACGACCACGACCAUGACCAUGACCACCACCACCAUCACUACCAUCAUCACCACCACUACCAUCACCACCACCAUCAUCCUAAUCAUCACCAUCAUCAUCAUAACUCCCAUAAGCAGCAUCACAGUCAUUUCCCCGCGUUCGAAAAGAAGCUGUCGUACGAUCUCCAGGGCAUCUGCGAUGUCAAAGCGCCCAGCUAUCCCUCGUCGAUAUAUUCAUGCUACCAUGCUCAUUGGUGCAUUGCUUCUACACCCUCAACGCCACCCUCGAGUCCCGUUCCCGCGAGUCCGACCCCUUCCCACUCAUCGAACUGUAGCAGCGAAGGAGAGUCCGGAUGGCAGCAGCCGUCGCGUCCUCGGGCUGCUGAGAAACCAAAUCGAUCCACGCGCAAAUCGCUCGGCGAUGAUGGUGAUGAUGAUAACGACGACGAUGACGAUGUGGACCAAAACAACGACCAAGACCAAGACCAUAGUGGCAAUUUGCCGAAUCCAGGUGAUCUGCCAUCAUAUAUAACUCGAUUCCAGUGGGACAUGGCUAAAUACCCCAUCAAACAGUCUCUAAGAAAUAUCGCAGAUAUUAUCAGUAAGCAAGUGGGGCAAAUCGAUGCUGAUCUGAAGACUAAGUCCACGAUAUAUAACAAUUUGAAAGGCAGCUUACAAAAUCUUGAAAAGAAACAGACGGGAAGUUUAUUAACGCGAAAUUUAGCAGACCUAGUAAAAAAGGAACAUUUUAUUCUGGACAGUGAAUAUUUAUCUACUUUACUUGUGAUCGUACCGAAGUCUAACUUCCAGGAUUGGUACAGCGGUUAUGAAAAAUUGACGGAUAUGAUCGUGCCGCGUACUACGCAGCUCAUCACUCAAGAUUCGGAGUAUGGAUUGUUUACGGUGACUUUGUUUAAGAAAGUCAUUGACGAAUUCAAGUUGCACGCUCGUGAAAAGAAAUUUAUCGUACGGGAUUUUACGUAUAAUGAGGAGGAGUUGGCAGCAGGAAAAAAUGAAAUCACAAAGUUAGUGACUGAUAAAAAGAAACAAUUUGGUCCUCUUGUGCGUUGGCUGAAAGUAAACUUCAGUGAGUGCUUUUGCGCUUGGAUCCAUGUUAAAGCUCUGCGUGUAUUUGUUGAAUCUGUUCUUAGAUACGGCUUACCCGUCAAUUUCCAAGCAAUACUGUUGCAUCCGCAUAAGAAAUGUGCGAGACGAUUGCGUGAUGUUCUAAAUCAGCUUUAUGCUCAUCUAGACUCAUCUGCCACAGCUUCGACAGCUGCGCAACACAAUCAGGAUAAUGUAGAUAUACCGGGACUGGGUUUUGGUCAGAGUGAUUAUUUUCCAUACGUCUAUUACAAGAUCAAUGUGGGUAUGGUCGACAAUAAGGUCUAAUCGCCAAAGUCCAUUUUACUUCUCAGAAAAGUCGCACUUCCCAUUUUAUUUGUGUCUGAAUGACAUAAUUCUUAUUACAUCAGGAAUUUGGUGGCAGGUGCGUACGAGUUUUUCGCCUGUGUAUAUUUGUGUAUGAGAAAAAACGCUGCAUUUUUCGAAAAUACUUUCGGAUUUUUUCUUAGUCUUUAUGUUAUAAUCACACAAUCGAUUCACGUUGGAGUUAUUAAUAGCCACAUGGUUCUCCUCGAAAAUCGUUAUUUUUUUAAGCCAAUAAACGUGAAAUCCUGUAUAAACUGUAAUAUUACUCUGAACUGUGCAUAAUAGUUCGUGCAUUCCCUUAUACAUAUUUCCCUUAUGUAUUAAAAAAAGAAAAGAGAACGAAAUUAUGUAUAAUAACAGAGAUUAAAGUCUUAAGCAAUCUUUGUCACAGUUAUAUAUUUUUGAUUAUGUAGUCAUCGUCUAAUAUCUGCAACCGCAAUUUGUUGAAUUUCGUUAAUUUACUUGUUGAUUUUUUGAAAAUUCUGUAGUUGGGGAAAUUGCGCAAUUUAUUUUAUAUAAAGUAACACGAUGUAUGACAACAUUGACAUGCGUAUUAUUUUCAAGUGGAGCAGCAACUCUACCUGUUGAUUGAUUCAUUGUAUACAAAAAAUUGAAACGCCUGUCUUUACAUUAACGUGUAAGAGAAUUAGAUUUAUGCAAAAGAUCUAUAUACCUUGUUUUAUAUAUAUAUAUAUAUAUAUAAAGAAAGACGUUCACACUGAGUAUGUCGUACAUUUAAUAACAAAAUGAAUGUUAUUCGCAAUUUAGGAAAGUGAAUCUAGCGGUAAGAUAGAUCCGCGAUAUUAAAUGAAAAUGACAUAUUGAUAAUAACAAGUCGGAUAAUGCCAUCAGUGCGACUGUCAUCUUUUCGAUAAAAAUGUUACGACACUAUUAUUGCUUUAUCUAUACAUGUUUAACGACGAUUGUCGUACUCAGUACGUGUCAUUGCGCAGCUAUUUGAUGACAUGAUUAUAUCUGAACCUAUAAUCAUCAGUAAGUGUGUAUUAAACACAGCCCUGGAAGUUUUCGUGUCAAUGAAACUGUCUAUUAAAAUCUUACUGUUGAAUACUGAGGUAAAUUUUGUCAUGCAUUCUUAUAACAUCUCAUUAUAUCGAAUAUUUGAUAACUACGAAAGAAAAAAAAAACAUUUUUUUUUCACAUGUUCAUGACGUAUAUGCAGGUAGAUUUACAGAAUUAUUUAUAUGUAUAGAAAAUCGAUCAUAUUAUAUUAUUGUUCAGCGUUUAAGAAUUUCGAUAUUGAACGUAUAUGUUACAAUUAUCAAUUAAUGACCAAAUUUCAGUAAACUGAAAUAGCAAAUUUAUUGAAAACAUGUGAUUAUCAAGAAUAUUGUAUGCUUGAUAAAUUGACCGAGUUUCUGUUUCUCUAGAACUUAAUUCCCAGGAAAACAAUACUGAUCAUUAAGUAUUAAGAAAUAUAGAACGAAAGAUAUUUGUUAUUGAUUGCAAUCAACCAUAGGAAUAUAGUAAUUGCGUUUUUUUUUCUUUUUUUUUUUCGUUUAUUCUCAUUCGACCUGUAAAUUUAAUUUACCUACUUAUAACCGAUAUUGUAAACUGAUAAUGUUAUAAACUGCACAAAGUGAAUUUUUCAAAUAUCAUGUACAUUAUGAUAUGUUAUAAAACUGUAAUACAAAGAUAUGUUCGUUGAAAACAAAUCAUGUUGUUAAAACAAGCCUAAAUUCUCACGUUGUUGAUCAUAGUGUAAAUUGCUUGUAUAUAAGAAAGUUCUAUGUAUGACAUAGUAUUAUAUACUAUCGGAUUAUCGUACAUUACAUUUUGAGUUGCAAAGCUAUGCAGGUUAAUGUAUGUUUUAAUUAAGCAUAAAUUUAGCAGAAAUUAAUGAUAAUACCGAUCAUACGCUGUUUUUGCCUCUUAAAUCCACAAA